AUGGCAUUGGCGCCGGAUUUACAGUCACCCGAAUCCUAUGUUAUAUCAUUGCCGCCGUCGUCGGCUGUAUCUCCGGCAACAUUUGAAGAUUCUUUAUAUACGAAUUAUGAUGCGAGCUUUUUUAUCCCUUCAGUUCUGGUGGCCAGAAGCGGUUUCGAUUUAGCCACCGUAGCCAUUAUUACCUCCCUCCUCCUCCUCUCUGUUCUUUCUUUUUUAUUCAUAUUCCACCUCCGCAUAAAAUCACGCAGAAUGAAGCAUUUACAAGAUUUUAAUUCACUGUGGACCGUGAGAUUACUCCUUGUAACGUUUGCUUUUCUCUGGGCCGUGAAUGAAACCAUACGUCUACCAAAUGUUCGGCGAAAGUACCUCGACCCUUUUUUAACGUUCAAUCAACAAACAAAUCUGUGUAAAUUCCAUGUUGUUCUUUCUCUUGGAUUCUACGAACCGGGUUUCUUAAUCACCCUUCUUUUCUUGGUUAACGUUUCGAUCAAGAAAAAAAACCCUUGUCGAAUGUGGGCUCUUUUGUGUGUGUCCAUGGUGUGCUUCCCCAUGACAUUGAUACAGACAAUUCUUGUCUACUUUGCGCCAUUGGAGACAGAGCUUCCCAAAUUCGUGCAUGGUAGUUCAAUUCUUACGAUUGAUUUUCAAGGAAACAAAACCGUUCUUUGCACAUACCCAUUUUUCAGUUGUGUUGUCUUUUGGGUAUUUGCAAUUGUUUAUGCAUUAGCUUUCUUGUUUUCAUGUUGGAGGGUGCUGGACUUUGUGAUCAACAAGAGUAUACGUGUACGAAUCAACUUGCUGUCAGCUGCCGUAAUGGUGGCGCUGCCAAUACAAAUUCUCUGCCUCGGCCUCUCGUGGCUGUGGCUGCCAGAGGAGGACGGGUAUGGGUGGGUUGUGUUAGUCAUGUUCUUUAGUAUCACCACAUGCAUGGCGGUGGGAGAGGUUAUAUUGACAAUAAAGCCAAUAACGGAUGCAUUGGUGGCAGGGGCUGAGUGUCGCCGGCGUUUCCCCGGAGGAUUCCGGCUGAGGCGGCAGGUGGUGCAAAGAGAACGAGUGAAUCAUCAAGAAACGGGUCUAUAG